AAAAGUGGCAUUUAUCAAGUUGCAGCAGAUGGGACUGACAUCAUCAGCAUCUUCUGUGAUCAAACCAAUCAAGGAGGAGGUAACAAGGCUAAUCGUUUCACUGAGCUGACAUAGCUCGCUGCACCAGUGUACUCUCCAAAUUAUUUCUGUAUCGAACUCAAAACCCUGGCAUUACACUCUUACAGAGCUCCUCUUAUCGCAAAAUUUGGUGUAUGAAUGAGCUCCAAAAUGAAAACGAAAAGGGGAGGCACUAGAGAAGAGGGAAAAUUAUUUUAAACAAUUUAUGGCAAAGAAACAGGUCGCGAGUAGUCGGAAAUCCGGAUUUAUAAUCCCUAUGGUUUGCAAACUGAUUCGGUUUGGUUAAAUACUACGGUUGCAAAGAUGAGUGUGCGUUCGUUGGGUUACGAAGUGAGUUAGUGAGUUUUGAAUUGAGAGAAAGUUCUAAGGAAAAAUGGAAAGCUAAGCAAAACGAGUUAAAUUAAGAAGGAAGCCUUCCAUUUUUUUAAAGGUACUCAACGGAAUAAUGGCUUUUACUGCCAACGGUUGGAAGUUUGGCCAAUUUACGGCUACGGUUGACCCCAAAUGACAAAAAAUGACAAGUUCUAGAAAAAAAUUAUGGUUUCUUUUUUUUAUGACUAAUGGUCAAAAAUUUGUCAUUUUUUAGGUCCAACGGCCUUUUUUGGUCGUUUCACGGCAAACGAUUAACCCCAUUGAGAACCUCUAUUUAUUUUUACCAGAAGUUUAGAAGUAGCGUAGAUUUUAUAUCCUCGACCUAGUUUCCUGAAUCGCGUGGGAGCCAUCAAAAGACUCUCCAAAUCACUAAGCCUAAACGUAUUCCUUGAUUCUGAUCACUUGAUUCAGUUUCGGAGUCAAUAAUAUAAGUUCGCAUGAGACAUCUCGUAACCCAUAAAUUUCCAAAAUUCCAUUUAUUUUUCGAAAAAAUUACGUGUUACGUGUUUGCCAACAGGUUGGACUAUGGUAUUCAAGUUAGUGGCCGGUGUUUCAGCCGAUAUCGCUCGUCUGUGGUCCUCAGGUGACCCUUUAAACGAAAACAACGCAGAAGUAUUGAAUACCACUUCAACGCCCAAAGAACAUUACAAGAACCGCAUGAUAAGGAACUGGAAUACCUUAGGACUAAAGGAGGUGAGAAAAUUCCUGAAAAUUUUCCGCGGUCAUUAUGAUAUGUGAUACUGAGUAUGAUGAUAUAUAUGUAUUUUUUUCUUUAUGAUCACCAUCUUUGGUAACACUAUCGACCUUAUAACCCUCGUUAUCACCGCAUUCACCGUCCACGUCAUUUCUACGGUCAUUGUCGUGUUUAUCAUUAUCGCCGUCGUCAUCGUUAUUGUCAUUUUCAUCGUCAACGUCAUUAUCGUAAUUAUCGUCACCGCUAUCGUCAUUCUCAUCCUCAAAGUUAUCGUCGUUUUUCAUCGUCAUCGUCACUGUCAUCGUCGUUGUCAUCCUUAGUUAUUGUCUUCUUCAUCGUCAUCGUCAAUUUCAUCAUCAUUGUCAUCCUCAAAGUUAUUGUCCUUUUGAUCGUCAUCGUCAUUCUCGAAGUUAUGGUCAUCGUCAUUUUCAUCCUCAUUGUCAUCGUCAUCGUAAUUGUCAUCCUCAAAUUCAUUGUCACUGUCAUUGUCAUCAUCGUCAUCCUCAAACUUGUCAUUUUUCAUCGUCAUUUGUUAUUAACAUUGUUAUUAUCAUUGUCAUUGUCAUUGUCAUCGUCAUUUGUUAUUAACAUUGUUAUUAUCAUUGUCAUUGUCAUUGUUAUCGUCAUUUGUUAUUAACAUUGUCAUUGUCAUUGUCAUCGUCAUUUGCUAUUAACAUUGUCAUUAUCAUUGUCAUUGUCAUUCUUACUGUCAUUAUCAUUUUCAUAUUCGUUACCUUCGUCAUCAGCACUGCUAUCGUCUUGUUCUUCAUGGCCAUCGUGAUCAUCACUAACUUAAUUUUAGACGGAUACAAUUAGAUUCAGCAGUCAAAGAUCAACAGAAUGGCUUUUCGACCGCUGUUUCCAGGGCUAAUUGAGAUUUUGAGUGUUGGUUUAUGUGGAGACUGAGAGACAGGAAAAACGCUUAGAGUUAGGACGGGAACCAAUAAUGAUGUUAACCCGCUUUUGACUUACGGUUACGGCAAGAAACCCAUACACACCUCGAAGUAAAGGUGGGUGACCUGCUAUCACCACUGCGCCAUCAUUGCCCCCACUUAAGUGUUGAAAUCAUCUGCAACGUCACUGUCGUUAUCAUACCGAUCACAAAGCGAAGUAACGCAAAACCAAAAAUCCUGAAGAUUGUACUCUGAGUUUAUUUCUCGGUGCUAACUUCUUUUAAAUGUAAUUUUAGGUGCGUGUCGUUCUCUACAAAAACAAUUCUGAAGCUCUCUCCAUUACGUUCAACGCAGAUGGCACUGACAACAUGAACUGGUUCGCAAAGAAUAGGUUGACUGAGUCGCCAUGGACAGACCUGGGAAGUGAACCUCAAAACAUUUUCUCCAACAUUGGUCCACAUGCUCACUUAGGAAGAAGUUUUCACAUAAACAGGAAUUAUGGGGGAUGUCCUGAAGAUGCAGGGUGGCUCUUGGUAACAGAGGGAAAACCCUGUGAAUACGAAAAAAAGCUUCCACCCAUAGUGAUCCUUUAUAGUAAACUCCAUAACUACACGAACUGGAAUUUUCAAGGUAAAGAAACAAGUAUCGAUUUUGAAUUAAAACCUUGA